AUGCACCAAAGACAAUGCGCGAUGUGCGAACGGGAUGCGACAAUCAUCGGAGAGCCUCACGAGGCAUGCCUUGAGCCGCCAACGGAGUCCGCAACAUACAAGCACCAGCCACUUAGUCGUUCCUUAGACGAGAUACGCCUGCUCAAGCUUCGCAAAGAGGAACACGGCCCCGUACACUGCGACGUCGAAGUAUUUCCGCUCGAGCAGGCCCCGGAAUACAUCGCACUAUCCUACCGAUGGGGCCCACCGUCACCUCUUCACGAUAUCUUCAUCGGUGAACAAACGCUCAAGAUCCGAGACAUCCUCAAUUCGUGUUUACUGGAGCUGCGAGAAGACGUGGACACAUGGCUAUGGAUCGAUCAAAUCUGCAUUGCGCAGGCGGAUACAACGGAGCGAAACCACCAGGUCGGAAUGAUGUCGCGUAUCUACAGCACCGGUGCCUCUGUCAUGAUCUGGCUAGGUGACGUGCCCUUAACGCCGCCUGGGGAAGUUGAUCGCUUCAACGACCAGGAUCUCGAUGCUACGUCGAUCACAGUGUUAUUGAAUAACAUUUACUUCACAAGACUGUGGAUAGUACAAGAGAUACUGCUUGCGAAGACUGUCAACAUUCAUCUCAACGGGAAUCGCUGCAUUGAAUGGAGCAGCAUGUACCAUCCAUACAUAACCGCAUACCCAAGUUUGGAAAUCCCUACCGCAUCCACGUAUCUCCUCAAUAGCACAAUGUAUGCCCAGAAGGAAAGAAUAACACUGACGUGGACGCAAUGCAUUGAUGGCUUCUCCGCAAACGCUUGUGAGGACCUUCGAGACAAGGUGUAUGGUAUGAUAGGCGUUGUGAGGGAACAAAACAGGCUCGCAGUGGACUAUCAAAAGAGUGUGCUUAAGGUAUAUACGGACGUGCUUGGAGUCAUGUAG